AUGACGGAUAUCCUUUCGUCACACAUUGGAUGGUCACGUAGUCCUAUGCCAGGCGCCUCUCAACAACAAAAACAGCAACAAGAUCAACAACAACAAAAUUUUCAAAAAAAUACACGUCGUGCAUUACCAAGAUUAAAAAAUGAUAUUUCACCACAAUCAACAUCGCGUAAAGUAACUUUGUUCCGUAACGGUGAUCGUUAUUUUGCUGGAAAACAAACUGCUAUAGUACCACAAAAUUAUUCUAAUCUUGGACAAUUAUUACAAGAAUUAUCAACCACAAUCGAUUUACCGUAUGGUGUAAGACGUUUAUUUACACCAAAUCGUGGUUCAGAAGUUACAGAUGUUAGUGUAAUUAAAGAUGGUGCUUCAUAUGUUUGUGCUUCAUUUGAACCAUUUCAAAAAUUAGAAUAUACUUCUAUAGCUGUACCACGUUUAACAUUCAACAUCGAACAACGUAAGUUAUUAUUAUAUAUUCUUAACUAAUAAGAAAAUUUUAUUUUUAAUUUAUUUCAAGUACAGACUGUCAUUUCUAUUUUUCUACUUCAUCGUAUAAUAUUUAUUUGUCAUUUAUCUAUUUACAUUCUAAUAACGAUAUAUCUUGUCAUCAAUUUUUGAAUCUUAUGAGAUUAUUCAUAUCGUAUUAAAAUAUUCAUUAAAUAUAUAUAAUAAGAAGGAUUUCUUUAUGUAUCGAUGCAUCUCUAAGUUCUCUUCUUGUUUUUUUUCUUCGUCAUCCUCCAAAAAUUGUUAAUAACUAUUACAAAACUAGUAUGUAGAAGAGAAAAAAACUAAGAUGAAAAGUAACAGAAAAAAAGGACAUUAUCAGUUUAUGGAUUC